UAGAAACGCUGUGACCAGACCAAAGACAACAAGGUGAACACUAGCAGGAGCGUCUUCGCUGCUUGAGUGUUGCUUAUCACGAAAUGGACUGCUCAAAUCUAACCAAUGUACGCACAGAGUCCAAGGAUUACCAGAACAGCCACAAAGACACAGACCAGCAGCACUGCACAGAGGAUGAGCCCUUGCUUAGAGACAACCCCAGGCGUUUUGUCAUCUUCCCAAUCCAGUACCCUGACAUCUGGAGGAUGUACAAACAGGCCCAGGCCUCCUUCUGGACAGUGGAAGAGGUGGAUCUAUCUAAGGACCUGGCACACUGGGACAACUUGAAGCCUGAUGAGAAACACUUCAUCUCUCACAUCUUAGCUUUCUUCGCUGCCAGCGACGGCAUCGUCAACGAGAACCUUGUCCAGAGGUUUAGUCAGGAGGUACAGCUUCCAGAGGCCCGAUCCUUCUAUGGGUUCCAGAUCCUCAUAGAGAACAUCCAUUCUGAGAUGUAUGGCAUGCUCAUCAACACUUACAUCAGGGACUCUGAGGAGAGGGAGCAUUUGUUCAAUGCCAUUCAGACUAUGCCGUGUGUGAGAAGGAAAGCAGACUGGGCGAUCCAGUGGAUCUCUGACACCAAAUCCACUUUCGGGGAGCGGAUUGUAGCGUUCGCUGCAGUGGAGGGCAUCUUCUUCUCAGGGUCGUUCGCUGCUAUUUAUUGGUUGAAGAAGAGAGGCCUGAUGCCUGGGCUCACCUACUCCAACGAGCUCAUCAGCAGAGACGAGGGCCUGCACUGUAACUUUGCCUGUCUGUUGUACAGCUACAUAGUGAAGAAACCGUCAGAGGACAGGGUGAAGGAUAUUAUCACCAAAGCUGUCAGCAUUGAGCAGGAGUUUCUGACAGAGGCCUUACCUGUGGAUCUGAUUGGGAUUAAUGGUGUGCUGAUGAAGCAGUACAUUGAGUUUGUGGCAGACCGUUUACUCCAAGACCUGGGAUUGGCCAAGGUCUAUCUGACAGAAAACCCCUUCGACUUCAUGGAGUCCAUCUCACUGGAAGGGAAAACAAACUUCUUUGAGAAGCGUGUAGCUGAGUACCAGAGGUAUGGAGUGAUGUCGAACACCAUGAACUGUGACUUCACCCUUGAUGCAGACUUCUAGUUAAAACACAUGGUUCCACGUGAAGAAAAAGAGGCUUCAGGAGUUCCAUAAUAACCUCAGAUCCUGAUUGGAGGGGAAUCCUGAUUGGAGGAAUUAUAACUGCAUAGGUGCUGAGUGGCAUAACAUCAAUCCAUGUACAGGCACUCGUGUGGGUUUGAAAAUGGAAAAAGGCCACAUAUUAUUACACUUGACCUGUAUAUUGAAUUUACGUUUGUUUUAUUUUAUCUUGAUUUAACAAAGACUUCACACUGACAAUGGCAGCAAUACUAGUGAACCAAUGCAAUGGUUUUAAUAAGUGUAACCGAUGUGAAAUGGCUAGCUAGUUAGCGGCGGUGUGCGCUAAUAGCAUUUCAAUCGGUGACAUCACUCGCUCUUAGACCUUGAAGUAGUUGUUCCCCUUGCUCUGCAAAGGGUCGUGGCUUUUGUGGAGCGAUGGGUAACGAUGCUUCGAGGGUGGCUGUUGAUGUGUGCAGAGGGUCCCUGGUUCGAGCCCAGAUAGGGGCGAGGAGAGGGACAGAAGCUAAACUGUUACAUAAGGAGUUAUUGAUCAAUGCCUUUUGUUUGUUUUAUAAAAUGAAUACUGCUCAUAGUCUCUCUCUGAUAAUAAUUUGUUCUAGGUGCAUAGCUAGAACUAUUAGGAAGAAUGUGUGUGUUUGCAAAACUUGCACGUGGUGAAA